AUGGCAGCCAAAGCAAGAAUCAUCAAAUGCACUGGAUCGCCGUAUGAAAUUGGCUUCAGCCAUGGCUCUUCUGCAUCAGAUGAGAUCCAUGGCAACAUUGGCUUGUACGCCGAUUUCUUCCAAGACAGGGCCAAAAUAAACUGGGAACAGGCCCGGGAGCGAGCUUCGGCGUACAUCCCCUUGCUGUCCGCCAAGUAUCCAGAAAUCCUCGAGGAGAUGAAAGGCAUCGCAGACGGCGCCGGUAAGGGCCUGUCCAUGGAGGACAUUCUCACUCUGAACGCGAGGAGCGAGCUCGGGCUCACCAACUUUGCCGACGGCUGCACCUGUAUCAGCCAGCAAGGCCCAGAAGGACGCAUCUUUCUCGCGCAAAACUGGGAUUGGCUCGUAGUCCACCUCGUUGUUCUGCACAUUAUCCCAAGCGACUCGUCUCUACAGAUGCAAUUCAUGUGCGAGGCCGGGCUCGUGGGCAAGAUUGGGCUCAACUCGGCAGGUGUGGGCACGCUGCUCAACGGGAUCCUCGCCGGCGCGCAAAGCCAGGACAAGUUCCCCAUUCAUGUCCUCCUGCGCCGCAUCCUGCAGUUCGCAUCCACCUUUGACGAAGCCCUUGCCAUCGUCGAGGAGUACGGCCUCGCAAGCACCUGCAACAUUAUGAUUGCGGAUGCCAACGGCAAGGCAGGCAGCAUCGAGUGCUCUCCCCACGGCAGCACGGUGAUCCCCCCGCGCGGGGAGACGUUCCCGUUUGUCGGGCACACGAACCAUCUAUAUGCGACGAACCGCCCGCUCGCUGCCGUGGACCACCCAGAGGAGAACUCGUUUGCCCGGUUGGCUAGGAUGGAUGAGCUGACGAGACACGACACCGAAAAGGGUGUGCAACCGAGCUUUGCCAGCAUACGAACGAGGCUGUGUGAUCAGCAGGGCUCUCCGGAUUCCAUCUGCCUGGGGAAGCCGAGCGAUGACGCCGUUGGCAUGGACAAGGUGACGACUGUCAGUACCGUCAUCAUGGAGUUGAGCAGCAAAGUCGCCCAGUUGACAUUGGGAAGACCGUGCGAGAAUUUACCUAUCCUUGAGUGGACGAUGAGCGGUCUGCAUUAG